AGUUAGUUUGGUGACCAUCGAAAAGGGAAAAAAGUUCAAGGAAAAUGAAAGUAUCUCGCUUGGAAAAGUGAAAAGGAUCGCAUUUAGCUUCUACUUGCGCAACGUUGAUGUCUUGAUGGUGUUCCGUUGCCAAAAUACAACACCAAAUAGAGUAGAAAAUGACUUUCGUUAAGGAUCCUUGCGGAAUUAUCUGUGUUAUUAUCACGUACUUGGCUGUCCUUUAUGCGGAUUUUGUGACGAUGCGGUACAUUAUCAUGCAAGUUUUCGCGACAAGCAUUUGGGCUCCAAUUCAUGUCGUCUGUUUCAAUACCAUCAUUUUCCUGUUGAUAAUGGCACACAUGAAGGCGUUUCUCAGCGAUCCGGGUACAGUUCCAUUGCCACAAACCAAAAUUGACUUUUCGGAUUUGCAUGCGAACGAACAGGGAGAUUACGAGAGAGAAGAUUGGACUGUUUGUACGCGCUGCGAAACAUAUCGCCCGCCGCGAGCGCAUCAUUGUCGGAUUUGUAAACGUUGCAUUCGCAAAAUGGAUCAUCAUUGUCCGUGGAUUAACAAUUGCGUCGGACAAAAUAAUCAAAAGUACUUUUUGCAAUUUCUCAUCUAUGUUGGCGGGCUUGCGACGUAUUCCGUUUGUCUUGUUGUUUCUUCGUGGAUAACGCCUUGCGAAACGUGUCCCGGAAAUGAAACGCCCGAGACACAGGCACGAAUGCUUCACAGUAUCUUGUUGUUACUUGAAUCGGCGCUCUUUGGCUUGUUCGUGAUGGCAAUAAUGUUUGACCAAUUAACUGCCAUCUUCCAAGACGAGACAGCGAUCGAAGCAAUUCAGAAUCGGGGCCCGUAUCGCACAAAUCGCCAAAAGCUGUUGCUACUUCGUGAAAUCUGUGGAAAAGGACAUCCGCUUCUGUGGUUGCUGCCAUGCACAUCCGUUAGUCAUUAUCACAAAAUGCGAGAUACGCCAUUGCUAAGUCAUGAUAUUUAAACUAUUUUUCAACACUAUUCUAAGAUAUUUACAUAAGACGAUAUAUAUGUUGUGCAAGUUGUGAAAAAGAAAACCAAAAACACUCAAUUUACCACAAUUCCGUGCUAAAAAAAAUAUUAAACUUAAGGCAACAAUUUAGUUUAGCUUUAUAAAUCUUAUAGGUUUUAUACGAAAACAACAAACAAACGAAAAAAGUGUGAAUAUUUCGAUACUUAUAAGUUGAUUCCUUUUUUGUAUUAUUAUUAUCGUUUAUAACUUAAAACUAUACAAGACUAGAAGAGCAAUUUAUUUACAAAAAAAAAAAAAUAAUUUUAUUUUAAAUGUUACUAUAAUUUUAUAAAUAUGUAUAAAACGGGACCUCACAUCACACAGAUUUUCAAUCAAAAAGACACUCACACAGUAGAUAUUCCGAACCCAAUCACAAAAACCACCUAAUAGCUGUCAAAAUCAUCAAAAGUAGUUGAAAAUAGUACAAAAAGAGCAGUUUCAAAGCAAUCAUCACGGAUUCAAUACCCAAAAAAUCCUCGUCUAUCGAAUUUUCUACUGACAAAAAAAUCUUAAGAAAUUUAACUGUAGAUAAAAAUGCUUCAAUUGCGGAAAAAAAUUAACGCUGAUUUGCAAAUUUCAAAGAUAAACAUGUAAAAUUACAAUCAAAAUACAAUGGAACGAAGGAGAAUCAAUUAAUUUAUUGCGAAUGAUCGUUAAUCGAUCGUUCAAGUGAUUGCAGAAAAGUCAAAUUAUUUGAAAGAAUUAUAUUUUUUAGUUUAAUUUAAUUCUAUCUCUAUAGAAAAAAAUAUUAACAACAGAACAUUAUGAAAAAAAAUGUGGAAAAUAAAUGUUUCCCCUAUGAAUAUAAAUAAUGAAA